CACGAUGGUUAACGGGUUUGUAAACUACAUACUUGGCGUAAAUUGGGAUGACCCUUUCCGGUUCACAAUUAUUGACUUUGAAGAAGAAGAAAAACAGAGGGAAACUAACCAGGCUCUUUCGCAAUCAGAGUGGAUAACUCGGUAUACCAUUUUCCCGGAAAAGGGUAGCAGGGUGUCCUACUGCUUGAAUAUAAUUGAUACACCGGGGUUUGACGAUAGAAGAGGCCUUUAUAGAGAUCAAGAAAUAGUUGAGCAAAUUCGACAACUCUUUUCUGCAAAGCAACCAAAGGGAGUCUGUGUUAUUGAUGCAAUUUGCUUCCUGAUGAAGGCGCCGGAUGCUCGCUUUACGGCCGUCCAAAGUUACACUUUUCAGUCGAUUAUGUCGCUUUUCGCAAACGAUAUUGAAGGCAACAUUUGCUCGCUGAUAACGUUUGCUGACGGCAUUGAUCCCCCAUGUCUCGCAGCGUUGAAAGAAUCCCACCUUCCGUUUGGAGAGUAUUUUACCUUUAAUAACUCUGGCCUGUUUGCACCUAAUGUAGGCCCCAUAAGCUUAGCGCCAAUGUUUUGGGAUAUGGGAAUUAAAAGCUUUCAGCACUUCUUUUCUCAUCUUGAGCAAGGGAAACCAAAAAGUCUCCAACUUACAACAGACGUCCUCGACGGAAGAAUCAGGUUUGAACACACCGUGAAGAAUCUACAACCACAGCUUGAUGCUGUUAUUCUGAAAAUAAACCAAAUGAAUCAAGAAAUCGCAAUCAUCGACAGAAACAAGUCAACUUUAAAAGAUAAUGCGGAUUUCAUAUGCGCUUUUAAACAGACUCAACAAAAAAGAAGGGAGCUGCCCCCUGGUCAACUUGCUACCAAUUGCACUCAUUGUCAUUUUACUUGCAAUAAAAAUUGUGAUCUUCAAGAUGACGUCCGUAAGAGUUGCCGUAAGACUAUGGACGGUAAUGGCUUCUGCACUGUUUGUCCAGCCAAAUGCAAAUGGGACAAGCAUGCUAAAUUACCGUACAUAAUUGACAACGUCACUGUCACAGUACAAAAACCCUACCGUGACAUGCAAAAGAAGUAUCAAGAAGCUGCAGGAAAUUUGCCGACUCAAGAGCAGAUUGUCGAAGAAAAGACCGAAGAGCUCAAUCACAUGAUUGAUGACGCUGAAUUUCUUAAAACUUCAGUGAAGGAGUGUUAUGAAAGAUUGAACGCAAUUGCAUUGAGGCCGAACCCUUUAUUUAUGACUGAACACAUUGACUUGCUGAUUGAAAACGAAAAGCUUAUGAAGAAGGACGGAUUCAGUGAAAGAAUCAACACAUUGAACGAAUUCAGAAAGAAAGCAAUGAUUAUGUCAGAUGCCACGAAAUAUACGAAAGUGGCACAAACAGCCAUGCGCAAUGCAGAGGUUAAGAAGAAUCGGUCUCUUUUUAAAUAAAUGGUGUAGUAAGAGCUAGGUCCAGUCCAAGACAUCAUUAAAUAAGUGGUGAUAAGGUCAUCAGUGGGAAAGAAAUGUAGAGAGAACAUUAUUGUUGAUAGAUUACUUAGUAGAAGGUCAGCAGGGAAAAACAUAACGUUAUUGUGGAUAUUGUACUUCGAUUCAAAAUUAAAUAUUUCUUUUCCUGCGAUAAAAGGAUACAUACGAUUAUAGUUGUAUGCUUUGCUAAAGAACACAAUACUUUUUUGAAUAAUGUAACAUCGAUGUAUUACUGUUUUAAGUGUGUUUUUUGUCCGCCUUCUUUAUACUAAUCCAUGAACGGAUGGACGUGUCGUCCAAGGUGAUAUGCAAACAAUCAAACAUCAUUAACAAAUGUUGUUAAUUUGUUCUUGGAGGCAUUAUGUGUAUGAUUCUGUGCUGUUCGUUAAAAUGGACAAAAAGACCUAUUUUGCUGUGAAUUUUUGUAUUGUUAUUAAAACAUUUAAAACAUCUCUGCUUUAGAUAAACUUGUUUCAUUUAUAAUUAUUGUGUUAAACUGUUCUUGCUUAAUUGUUUUAAAGUGAUUUUAUUAUAUUAACUACUUCAAUUUAUUUAGUACACUAAAUGGAAUUCAUUAAUUAAGGACAUUGGAAUGAAUUAAUCAAGGAUAUUUUUAAAUAAGUAUUCAAGCUUAUAAGUGUAGUGAUUUGUACUAAGUUUUAGUAUAUUGUUUCUGUUUAUAUAGUUUUGAUAUAUAUAUACAAUUAGAAAAAAUCAUAUAUGAAGUUUUUUUCUAACAACAAGUUAAUUAAUUUUUGUGACAGUAUGAGGAUUGGUUCAAAUAUGCUGUCUUCUUAAUUUAGCCUAUUAUAGAAAUGAGAAUAUUCGGCUGGGAACGAGAUAUUAUACAAACUUUUUUUGAUGACUGUGAAAUUAUAUUGGAAUCAAUUUUGAAAGUAAAACGAGAUGGCAUGCAACUUUAUUUUGAGUGUUUUCAUUUGCAGACAUUCUGGGGGAAAAUUAUAUUUUUCAUAGAGUAUAGUAAUGGCUUACUGACCAUGAUUUUUUUUUUUACUUGGUCUAUUCAUCAUAAUUAUAUAACCAGAUCAUACACAUAAAGCAUAAUCAUAUAACUGGAUGCUUUUAUGAAUUACUAUUAUUUUCGUUAGUUAUUCGAAAUCCAUAACUUGUAUAUAAGGUUUAAAUAACAUAGCCUAUUGUGUGGUUUUAUUGUGUGUUUCACAUACUGUAAAACUAUGGUCGUUUUUGAAAGUAUCUUUUAUGUUCAAAAAGGUUAAAUGAAAUUUGGCGGAGGCAUCUCGCUACUGACGCCAUAACAAUUCUAAAAGUUAUUUAGAAAGAUUAAAUGAAAUUUGGCGGAGGUACCUUGCUACUGAUAGCAUAUCAAUGUUUUUGAAAUUCAGAAAAUAUAGAGAAAAAUGAAAAAAUCCACUUAAAGUCAGAAGUAGGAACAUCCGAAGAACUAUUUUUCAAUGGAAAAUGCAACAACUUAUUGACAAAUAUCAAAUAUAGGUUAUUUUUAAAGUCUCAAGCAUUUGGUCAUCUGUUUUGAAUGUUUAUAUAUACCAAACGUAAACCAUGUUGGCUGGAUUUACUUUAUGUGAUACCCUCUCAAACAAAUAUUUGAAAACUUUGCACUUAACCCAAAACAGUUUUUGCCGGAUCAGAUAUGACCAAUUAAAGCCAAAUUUAUAAUUAGAUGAAUGGAACUCAUUUUGUUUAUGACCCAUGGUUUACAGUUUGUUAAACAAAAAUAAAAUAGCCAGCUUUUGUGUGAGUGACUGCGCGUUUCGCACGCAAUUUGUAUUUGUUAUUUGCUUAGUUAUAAAACCUCAUUACCACCAACGUUUUGCAUGAAUGAGUUGUGUUAGUAAUUUGAAUUCCGUAUAUGCUUAGCUGUAUAACCUUUUUAUAACCUGCUGUUUAAAUGAAUGAAUGAUGGAAUGUAAGUUUUGUACACAAGAUGCUAGUUUUUAUAGUACUUCGAAUUCCAUAUCUUACUCCUAUUUGUCUUGUUUACGUUUUUCGGUGAAUAACACUCUUUAUUCUAAUAAUAUGUCUUUUCAAUACGCAAGCUGUUAGUUUUGAUAGUAAUUCGAAUUCCAUAUCGUACUCGUUUUUGUCUUCUUUGCGUAUUUGGAUGAAUUACACUCUUCAAUCUAAUAAUAUGUCUUUGUAAUACGCAAGCUGCUAGUUUUGAUAUUGAUUCGAAUUCCAUAUAUUACUCGUAUUUGUUUUCUUUGCGUUUUUUGAUGAAUUUCAAUCUUUAUUCUAAUGUUAUGUCUUUGGAAUUGUUAAAGAAUAACAUUUAAGUAGUUGCCGAAGUUAACUUCUAAUUUUUUUGCAACAUCGGUAUAUGUUAGGUAUAAUGUAUGUUUAUAGUUGAGUCAAACGUUGCUAUUAUAUUAUUGAAGAAAAAACGGUGUUGUAUACACUAUAUAUCAUAUCUCAUGCUUAAGAAUACUGUUUUCAAAAUUGUUUCUUGAUUGAAAAAUAAUAUAACAAACAACAACAACGAACAUUUCUAAGAAAAGCUGUUGAUAAACAAUAUCGUGAAUGUAUAUAAAUUUGCAUUAAAACCUUAAAAGAACGUUUAGCUAUGUUGACAUCUUUUUUUUUCGGAGAACUGAUAUGACAUGAUAUUAUAUAAUGAAAACACAUUUGGACAAAGUCGUGUAGGGAAGUCGGCAGCCUAUGUUGAAAUAAACAUUUGCAGUGAUGGCUAAAAAACAUUCAGCUAUGUCGUCAUUUAAUCUUUCAGAUAUUUUGAUGAACUUGAUAUUGUUUCUCUGUAACAUGAACAAAUGUAUGUUUUUGUUAGCUUAAGUCCUUUUCUUAGGCGUUUUGUCUUUUUAAUAGAAGUUUGAAUGCGCUUAGA